AUUAAGCACCUACUGCGUGGUGGGCACGUGCCUACCCUAUUGGAGAACAAUUUAUAAUAAGCAAUUGUAACACUUUUGAGAAAAACCACAUCGAAAGACUCGAGAACUCUGACCACUGCCUUUCCCAGGGCCCAGGAUGCGUCUUUCCGCAUCUCCGAAUCUCACUUUCCCAAUCUGCACAACGGGCACGAGAAGGGAGGGGGACGGAAGCAUCUACGCAUGCGCCUUCUAGGGGCGGAGUUUCUCUAAGCGAGAGCGUCGUGACGCCACCCAAAUCAGUCAAAUUAGAUCACGUGACGAGGGCGAGCAACGGAGGCUGACUGUUUUCUCACGUGACACGGGGAGUGGGGUGGACUACUGUCACGUGGUGAUGAGCACAGCAAAGAUAGGUCAGUUUCUAGUCCACGUGAUGGAGGAGCCCGCUUCGGCGGCGCGCGGUCCAAUGAGAGGGCGAGGCGGGCCGGGGCCGGCACCGGGAACUUGCACCCAGGCCUAGCGCGCGGGAAGGGAGCCGGCCCACGGUGCUGAGGCCGGGCCGACCGAGGUCGGCGGGGGAGGCGGGUGACAUGAAGUGUCUCGUGACUGGGGGAAAUGUGCGGGUGCUGGGCAAGGCCGCGCAUUCGCUGUCGCGCAUCGGAGACGAGCUCUACCUGGAACCGCUGGAGGACGGGCUCUCCCUGCGCACGGUGAACACGUCGCGCUCGGCCUUCGCGUGCUUCCUCUUCGCGCCGCUCUUCUUCCAGCACUACCAGGCGGCCCGGCCCCCACAGGUGCAGCCGCCGCGCUGCAAGGUCCUCAUGAAGUCCUUCCUGGCCGUGUUCCGCUCGCUGGCGGCGCUAGAGAAGACGGUGGAGCGCUGCUGUAUCACCCUGAGCCCCGAGAGCAACCGCCUGGUCGUCCAGCUGCACUGCAAACACGGUGUGACCAAGACCUACAACCUCUCCUUCCAGGAGUGCGAGUCCCUGCAGGCCAUCUUUGACCCCGCGGAGUGCCCCCACCUGCUCCGCGCCCAGGCCCGGGUGCUGGUGGAGGCCGUGUCGCCAUUCUCACCGGCGCUGUCGGAGGUGACGCUGGGGGUGAGCCGGGGGCGCCGAGUGGUCUUCAGGAGCUACCUGGAGGACGAUACAGAUGCUGCCAGGGCCAUGAUGACCGAGAUGAGUCUCAGUGAGGACGAGUUCCAGCAGCUGCAGGCCCAGGAGGGCGCCUCCAUCACCUUCUGCCUCAAGGAGUUCCGGGGUCUCCUGAGUUUCGCAGAGUCUGCCAACCUUUCCCUCAACAUCCACUUUGAUGUUCCCGGCAGGCCGGCCAUCUUCACCAUUGAGGACUCGCUGCUGGACGGUCAUUUUGUCCUGGCCACCCUCGCUCAGCCACAGGCCGGGCAGGAGCCCCCUCAGCCUGGGCAGGGGCCUCACAGCGCGACACACCAGGAUGACUUCGCCAAUGAUGACAUUGACUCUUACAUGAUUGCCAUGGAAACAACUGUGUGUGAAGGCGUGGCUGAGGCCCCCCGGACUCCUUCCCCCGUGUCAGAGGACGAGGAGGCAGAAUCCAACAUGGUACCUGGGACCCCUCCUCUAAAAAAGUUCCGCUCCCUCUUCUUCGGCUCGGUAUUGGCCCCAAAGGAGCCCCCCUCGGAACCCAACCCGGUGCUGGCCGAGGACAGCGAAGGGGAGGGCUGAGCCCGGCUUCGGGGCCCCUACUGCUGCGCCACCUCAGGAGGAAGCUUCAAUGCCUGCCUGGCUUGUGCCGGGAAAGGCCCGGCCGCUGCUUGGAGGGAGCGGUGUUCUCGGUGGAGAUUGCCCCCCCACUCCCACCUCCCCCAGCGGGCAGGGGGCAGGUGGCCGCCACAGCCAUCCCAGGCAGCACCUGGUCCCUCAAUAAAGCCCUCCCUAACCCAAA